UGGCGCCGUACAGAGGAAACGAGGACAACAUUGCUCGUUUUGAGACGAGGUGCGUCUGUGCUUCGAAUUACACACCCAAGUCGUGAUUGAUACGUAAGUUUACAACAUUUUAUAUGACUUUCAUUCACACUGACCUCCCAAAACUGUGUAGAGACAACAGAAGUUGACUAUGACCUACUCUUAGCCGGAGAGCUCCGUGGUUGGCAGGUUACCAACCUCGAUCCCUUUCGAAUGGUGCGCUGAUACUCUCGGUUACGUACGCUAGAGACACGCAAUGUAAGGAUCAACUUUUUAUGUUCGAUUUAACCAAUCUACCUCAUGCUCUACCUCGCCGAUGGCCGCAUAUGCCGACUCGAUUGGGGAGCAGUUGGGUUGCCCUCUCUGCCACAACCGAUUUGACGAUCCUCGAAUUUUGCCAUGUCUCCAUUCCUUCUGCAAGCGAUGCCUUGAACAGGUUACACGGGACCAGGGUCCCUCCCCGUCUCAGCCAGGACAGGAGUUUUCGGGACCCCUAGAAUGUCCAACUUGUCACCAAGCCGUCCCCCUGAACUCUGGGGGGAUCGAAAGCUUGCCUUCCAACUUAUUCGUGUCGAACAUUUUUGAUGUUAUGGUAUCAACACAACAUGAUAUAGAAGACUCAUCUGUAGAUUUGGAACGACAACGACCCAUAACAGGUGCGAAGUGGUGUAACUCGUGUGACGAGGGAAGCAAAGCUACGUGUGUAUGUAAGAACUGCAGUGAGUACCUAUGUGAUAACUGUGUACGGGCACAUCAAAGAGUUAGGCUCACUAAAGAUCACUUCAUUGAACGAUUUUCUAUGUUAAAUCUACAAUCAAGCAGCAUUUUACAUCUAGGAACAACAUGUCAACCUCGACUGAGCUCACCAUCAAUGCAACAACAACAGCAACAGGAAUAUCAACAACAACAAAAACAACAUCAGCAACAAGCGGUAGCUCUCCCUGAAUGUCAAGACAGUUACUGUACACGGCACGAGCACGGACUAUUACGUUUAUACUGUGAUACCUGUUCAAGGGCAAUAUGUGGUGAUUGUACCAUGAAUGAGCAUGUUGGACAUAAUUUCAUAUAUCUUCAAGAUGCAAUUGAUAAUUCCAAAACUAUAACAUUGAAACUUCUCGCAGAUGCCAAAGCAGGGAUCAAAGCUCUUGAGGAAAGUAUUGAGCUCACUCAGGGAAUGGCUGAGCGUGUGGAAGUUAGAACUCAGGCAGUAACGACGGAAGUGAGAACUAUCAUUCGCAGACACAUGGCAGCGCUGGAGGAGAGAGAACGUGAUUUAUUGCGACGUGUAGAAAAAAUUCGUCAGGUCAAAGGAAAAUCACUUCAUUUACAAGUUGAUGAUCUUAAACAGGGACUUUCUUCACUUAUGCAAACAGUCAACGAAGUUGAAAAACUUCUUAAUACGGGUACACAGAUUGAUAUACUCAAAACCAAAGACCAAAUGGUUGCAGAAAUGCAAAAUGUUAGAAAAUUGCGUGGACACUUACAACCACAUGAAGAUGAUUGUAUCAUGUUUACACCUCCAGAUUUGGCUCUGUAUAACGCUAUCGGCAAGAUGGGUAUCAUCAGUAGUAGUGCAUAUGCACCAAAUUGCAUCGCUACUGGUGACGGGCUCAAGAAAGCUUUAAAAGGAAAAAUGUCACUUUUCAUGAUCCACACUAAAGAUCAUCAUGGGGAGCCUCGCGUAAUCGGUGGGGAUCCAGUGGAAUGCAUCAUUCAUAAUUCAGAGGGCGCUUUCUACCGAGCAGAAGUCAUAGAUCGACAAAAUGGCACUUAUGCAGUCACAUAUCGUCCACAAUUAGAGGGACAGCAUAUCAUAUCAGUGACAAUAUAUGGCAAACAUAUAGCAGAGAGCCCAUUCACCGUCAAUAUACGCAGUGGGCGUAACUACGCAACAAUCGGACCAAUGUUGUUUCAGUUUGGAGGGGAGGGAGAGGUAGAAGGAAAGCUGUGUCGACCUUGGGGGGUUUGUUGUGACCGUGACGGAAAUGUUGUUAUAGCAGACCGAAGCAACAACCGUAUCCAAGUAUUCAACGCUGAUGGCACAUUUCGUCACAGGUUUGGAACCUCUGGAACACGAAACGGACAGUUUGAUCGCCCAGCAGGAGUCGCAUGUGAUAAUCAAGGGCGGAUAAUCGUUGCAGACAAAGACAACCAUAGAGUGCAGAUUUUCACAAUCGACGGGACAUUUCUGUUGAAGUUUGGUGAAAAAGGGAAUAAGAAUGGCCAGUUCAAUUACCCUUGGGAUGUAGCCGUCAAUAGUGAAGGCAAGAUUCUGGUGUCUGACACCAGGAAUCAUCGAGUUCAACUUUUCGCACCAGAUGGACAGUUCGUGAACAAAUACGGGUUUGAAGGAUCGCUUUGGAAGCAUUUUGAUUCACCACGUGGUGUGUGUUUCAACAACGAGGGUCACAUGGUGGUUACUGAUUUCAACAACCACCGACUUUUGGUAAUCCACCCAGACUUCCAAACGGCUCGGUUUUUAGGAACUGAGGGCAGUGCAAAUGGUCAAUUUCUGCGACCACAAGGCGUGGUUGUGGACCAAGAAGGGAACAUCAUUGUAGCCGAUUCUAGGAAUCAUCGCAUUCAGGUGUUUCAACCAAAUGGCAAUUUCCUAUGUAAAUUUGGAACCCCUGGAGCAGGCUCGGGGCAACUUGAUCGUCCCUCUGGUUUGUGCGUCUCCCCAGAAGGCUACAUUAUUGUGGUGGACUUUGGAAACAAUCGCUUACAGGUAUUUUAAGAAAUACAAAAAACUAAAGUGGUACAUUGUACUGUGUCGUGGAGCUAGCUUUUACUCUUUAAGGGUAUGCUUUUUGCAUUGCUGCUCAGGUGUACCGUUUCAUUAUUUGCUAACUCAGGUUUUGUACUGCCAAAGGCAAACAUUAAGCUCAGGGAUAAAGUUAGUAGAUUGUAGUAUUACUAGUACUCUUGUCACAUGCCAUUGAUUCUGUGUGUUUUGUAUAGCUAUUGAUAACAGAAACUGGAGAUUAUUUAUUGGAUUAAUAUUCGGAAGAAAAAUAUUUUCAGUUUAUGUUGAGUUUUCCAGAAACUGUUAUAUAUUUUACACAUUUCCCUUACUCUUAUUUUUCACUUUUUUUCUCAAUACUGUGUAAUGCCUAGCAUUGAAUAACUUGACAACACUCGCUAUGCCAGAGAACUCAAUUUUUUAUUGUGGAAUAUUUUGGAAGAGAGAAAAAUUAUAACAAAUUACCUCCCCUUAAUACAUUUUUCUGACUACUACCUCACUGGUUUUGAAUUAUGUUGUCAUGCUCCGUUUUCUAAUCAUGAAAAAUUCCAUAUUUUGUGGCAAUAAAUUUGUUUUAAAAAUUAAAUACAGAUAGUGCAGUAAGUUCUAUCAUGAUCUUGGGUGAAUAUUAUUCAGCACUUGCCACGCACAUUUCAAAAGUAGAAGGGAUAUUUUAUAUGUUGUUUACAAUUUUUUAACUGUAUUAAUUUCAAUCUACGACAGUUUGUAUGGCAAGUAGACCUCUGACACAAGUUGCCAUGGAUGUUUGUUUGGGGUUAUGAACUCCGUGAUAGAACCGAAAGGCCUUAUGAAUGUUAGACUUGCAUUUCAUAGUAGUGAUUUUUUUCAUUCAAUAGAGCAAAAUUGGCAUAUAUUUAUAUAUAUAAUAUUUAUAUAUAUAACUAGUAUUAAAACUCUGUAUGAAAACCAUUUUCCAUGUCGUUUUAGUAUAAAUUCAUACACAAUUAAAUAAUAAAUAUGUUACGAUUUCGGAGAAAAUAGGAACUGUAGCUAUGCCAAAAAUUUUAAUGUAGCUAGGGCUUCACCUUGCACAAGCGUUAUUAUAUAUAACUAACUGUUUAUUCCAAAAUAUUUAACAAAUCUUUUAUUUUCAUGAAAUCUCAAUGAAAAGUUGUCACAUUAAACUUGCUUCUGAAAAUAUUUUAAAAAGUGAUAGCUUUAUAUAGGUGCUUAUCAAUUUUAGUCUAAGGGCAUAACAAGGGUAAUUCCUAUCAAAAUUGAGUAUAAGGUUAUCAAGAUAUACUAGGUGGGUUACCCUGUUGGGGGCCCCACUCAUGCUGCCAUGUGGUAGAAAUCCUCAAUACUGAUAAUCAGUACAUAGAUCUUGUAUACCUCUACACAAUGGGCCCUGUGUGUGUACUAAGCCACUGGCCAGUUGUGUUGUGUGACAGUGGAGUGGCUAGGCAGCCUGUUACAUAAUACUUGACCAUUGGUUCCAGGGCUUAGCAGCUAGGUCAGGUGACCAGGGGUUAACUGUGUUUAUAAAGAUGGCCAGUGCUUCAUAUUUAUACUGUAAACACUUUCCCUUUCAAACGAUUGUGUGCUUAUACCACCCUCGCAAAUUGACUUACAUGAAGAGAAAUUUCAUAUAUAUAUGAUAAUUGUGGAUAGUUUUCAAAUAUUUAAGUGUAAACUAUCGAAAAACAAUUUAAAUGUUAAACUUUAUAUAUCCCAUCUGCUCAUCAUAAUGCUUAUUUUUCAUUGUAAAUCAUGUAUUUCAUUUUGACCUACAGGUAUUAUUCACAUGAACAUGUUUUAUUUUUAAUUGAAAAAAAAAAUGGACAUUUUAAUCAAAUUGCUUAAAUGCCUUUAUUCUAAACUUUUAUUUACAAACAUUUUCUGUUUUCCAAUCGCUAAUCAAUUUAAGCUUUUGCUUGUGUCUAUUCUUAAGAAAUACCCAUUAUAAAAAAUGAUUGAAUAUUUAUUAAAUGUUAUUGUUAAAAACUUAAAAUAAUGUUAAAUUAUUUCAUAAUAACAAAAUGAAGUUCAAACAUGGUUACUGGUUAGACAGCAAUACUGCAGCUUUCCUUGCCGUAGAUAUGUUGCUUAAAAUUAUGUAUCUAUGUAUUUAAAUCAAAUAACUAGACAAAGUAUUCAACAUCUAAAUAUCUCGUCAUAAUUUUAAUAUGGUCAUAUCAAUACAAUCAAAAACAAACCAGCAGUUGUGAGAUUUUAUAGGGAUAUAGUAUAUUUUGUGAACAUGUACAUCGUUCAGCUUUCGCUUGGUCUUAAUCGAGGAAUUGUUUGACUGAUUCCGAUUUAAAUGAGCCAGUGAAAAAGCGAAAAUGCACCAAAUUAAAUAGCAGACACAACGCAAAAGUAACACGAAAUUUCAAGGAAACGUUCGAUAUCCAAAAUUUUGUUUAAAAUAAACUAGAACUGCCUGGGAAGCUCAUUCGAUUGAACGGUGAGGUCAGCUGUAAUAAGAUGUGCAGGAACUGUGUGUAAAAAUCAAUAGCACGGUAUACCUACAACCAUGUACAGCCAUGUCUAUGUGGAGUAGGCUACAUCAGCACCAGGCUUCACCGCCACCGCUCCACACAAUACUACCAGGCAGAUUCACGAACAGUAGUUGUCUUAGGAGGCGAGGAAAGGUUUAAAUCAUAUAGCCUCUUCGUCACCUUUGUCAAUAUUAAGGGUUCGUUUAAAAUAAAUGAAUAUAUUGAACUUUCUCUUCUAUUGUUGGGUAUGUAAACAUCAAAACAUGUGUUUUGGUAAAAUUUUGAAGGUUUCCAAAUAAUGGUUUGUUGUGGAAGUGUGUUAAUUAAUUUAGAUUAGGUAAGAACACAACACCACCAUAACUAUAUGUUCAGGGACGUGAAACUGAUGUUGAAUUCUUGAUAUAACACUGAACGGUAAUGCUGAAGUAUAUAGUAUACAAUUACCUCUUAUUCUCAGAAUUCCAAAAUUUAUAGAAAAGCAUUGUUUUAGGAAUCUUCAAAACUCUAGAAACCUUCAACUAAAUGUACUACAUGUAUGUCUGUAUAGCAAACUGUUAGUAAUGGUUAACAUCUCUUUAGUUGAGAAUGGUAACAAGACCCGGUUUUGAUAGAGAUGCUUUAUCAAUAACAAGGUAGAAAUGUGGGCAUUUUAUGACACAAUACAAAUGCUGAUAUCUCCUACACACAUAUUGUACAUGCCUUAGUGUGAGCUAUUUGUAAUAAUAGAGAGAUGCUUGGAAUUAUAACAAGGAAGAGCCGUAUAUACUUAUAACUAGCUAUACACAUACAAACACUACCACACAUGCCUGGAUGCCUGGGUGUGGGCGAGUGAGUGCUAGGUCAGGAAACACUGGUCAUUCUGUUGUUGACCUCUACCACAGCUCAAAUUCCCCUGUAGGGUACACAUACCAGGUCUGGUCAAGCCAGUGGAUACUGACCAACACUGUCCUAGCUAAUAGCGUGUCCACCAGGUCAUCUGAUAGUUUGUUGACUCUUCCAGCCAGGCUGUUGACACUAGGAUUAUGUAGAGGAAGGAUAUUAUAGAUUAUAACUCAAUAUGUUUCAACGCCAACCUGAUUUUAUUAGAAAAAAUACUAAAUGUUCAUCUUUAGGAGGAGAAUGUGUAGUUUUAGAUAGCUUAAUUCACACAAAAUGUAUUUCAUUUAGGGUAGGUGGGAUUUCCAAACAUGAAGAAAUUGAAAAAUAAAUGUAGUUUUGUUUGUUUAUAGUGAGAUAAUGAUGUAUUAAUUAAAAAUUAUCAAUGAUAAUUGUGCACCAUUGCAUUGAAAGCCGGUAGAUCUAAUCUACAUAUAGCAGUGACUGUGAAUGGUCUGUCGAGGUCGAUUCCUUCAUAUAAUAUGCACAUUAUUUUGUCAUUGAUAAUGGCUACACAUAGUUCCUCAGUAGUGUGAAGCAGUCUUUGUAGGAUGUAAGUAAACUAUAGCACACAUCCCAUCGUCUCCAUAUUAUUUCCAUACCGUAACUUGUAUUUUUCACAGCUUUCUGAUUGUGAUUAAAAUCAAAUAAAUGCACCGGUGAGAAUCAGAUAGCCUGGUUACAGUGUAGGGGUGACGUAGUAUAUUCAUAUAUGUAACUAAUGUUAUUGAUUUUUGUGGAUUUUGUUUCAUCCUCGAAUGGCUGUUGAAUUGAGGUUUAUGUCUUUCUGGGGGUUCCAAACUAAAUAGCAGUAUAGGCAGUAUGGAGGGCGGGGUGUAAUGAGCCCCUACCUCACAAGCUGACAUAUUGUCUAACCCUGGAGAUGCGUGUAUAGCUACUGUUGUGCUAUAGAUUACUCACGAAGAGAUGUUGACUUGUACAUGUACUUGUAUAUAACCUAGCUGAGGUGUUCCUCUCAUUGAUUUUUCAUCUGAGGAAACAUUGGUAAAUUUCUUUUUGCUUAGAUACAAGAAUAAGAGAGACAUUUCUUGAUGUAAUCAAUUUCUUUAUUUUCAUGUGGAAAUUUGAUUAACUUUGAGAUUGCAAAAUGGUUCUUUGGUAUUAUUUGGACAACUAACGAUAUAGUUUUUGGAAGUGAUGUUUGAAAAGAAAAAUCAGCAUUACACCUUUUAAAGUGGUUACCCUUGCAGAAUUUUUCAAUUUAAGAUGUCCAAAAUCGUAGUUUGUGGAGAAGCAAAAAGGUUUGUGUACAAUUUUUAAAAUGCUCACAGCAAGAAACAACAUUGCGUGAAAGUUGAAUUUCGUGUUUUUUUUAUUUUACCUGUGGAAAUGAAGAACAUAUAUUGUAGAGAAUGGUUGGAUUUUAAGCUAAUUGGAAAGUAGACAAUUUGUAUAUUUAUUGUCUGAUUUAAAGAUAAAUUAAUGAAGGAAAUGUUAUUGCUGUAAAGAUCUUGUGAUAUCUACUGUUCUUGUCUUCCUAAUAGGGAUAGCUGGCAUCCCUGUGUUUUGUGGUACAUUAUACAGUUUGUUACAAAGCAUACCAAAGUUUAUAAUAUAUAUAUUGGGGCAUUCUCUCAUAGGUUAGUCAGUACACACAUACAAAGUAUUUUACACACACAUGCAAAUCAUGUUACACAUGUACAUAGUGUUGUUUUUUCAACACAUACCUGGUAUGUUAAACCCAUACAAAGGAUGUUGCACACCUGCACCCCAUGUAACACAUGCACACAAUGUUACUUACACACUAGGCCAUGUUACACAUGUUACACAUGUUUACAUAUAUAUACAAUGUUACACACAGUAAGACACAAUCUGUUACAUACACAAUGUUUCAUACAUACAAAUGUACACAAAAUGUUACAUAGUAUGUUACACAUGUAAAUAUGUUACAUACUUGCACAGUAUGUAAUACAUUAUAUCAAUAUGUUACCCACAUACACAAUAUCUUAACAUAUCAAUAUGUUACAUAGACAGUUAAAUACACACACAAUAUGCUUCCUACAGAGGAAAUGAAAAUAGAUAUAUUUAUGUUCAAAGUAAAAAAAAAUAUCACCCUUUCCAACUAACGGGAGUCAUUUGAGAAUAUUUAUUUUUCCAUCGUGUUUCAGUAGGAAUUGCAUAUACUUGUAUUUGGGUAGGAACUGCAUAUAUACAUGGAUAAUACUGCACUGGAAAGCUUCCAAUCGGGAAAGAAGUUCCAAGUGUGCAGAUAUGAUGGAGAAGAACACUUGUGCAUUUUUAAUAUAGCACAUUUGUGGCAUGUUCAUAUGUUGAUGUAAAUAUGAAAGUUUUGUACAUAGCUGGUCGUUAUGUUGGAAGGGCUUGCAAGUAACUGUGAAAACCACAAUCUACCUCAGAUUCUUUUGUUUCCUUAUUUUUGGAGCAUGUAGCAUUACUAUAUAGUGUGUAGGUCAAUAUAUAUAUGUAUGUACAACUAGAUAUCUAGUAUGAUCCUAAUGGUACUAUGUACCAUGAUAAAUAUUCACAAUUACUGAUAUAUCAGGUGUUGAUACUUUGGUAAUUACGGUACUAGCGUGCUGUAAUACAAGGGUAAGGUACCGUACCAUAAAUAUUAUAAAUAUCUAUCUAUCAUGUGUUAUACUGGUACUUGAUUUAUGGUGUGUUUGUUGUUUAAUCACAAGCCAAGCUUACCACGUUCACUGUUUUAACUUCCAAUCUUGCUUAAAAUAUUAUCAUGUUUACAUGAAUAGAUACAAUUUCGUCACUCUUACCUCAAGAUGUAGGCUAUUUAAAUCUGAAUUAUAUUGUAUGUUACAGUAAAUUGAUUCAGGUUAUAUACUUAAAAUCCAAAUUUAUUCAAUAAUUGGGUAUUAAAUAUAUCUAUCUCUGUUGACUUUACAAUAAAAUAGUUUUAAAAAAAACAAAAAAAAACACCCUGUAAUCAAAUAAUAAACAAUGAGUAAAUUGUAACCUUUAAAUGAUACAAGAUUCUUUUAAAAUUUCAUUUAAAUAAAUUUUAGUGAGAAGCAAUGAUAUUGGAUAAUGGACAAAGUUUAUAUAAUCUUGCAAUCAUAAAAAAAUAACUUCCUGUAGAAAAAUGUUUUAAAUGUCACAGAGGGAAAAAACCCUGCUUAAGUAACUGUACUUCCUUUAGAAUUGUAUGGUUCAAGUUUUUUGGCCUAAUUGCUUCUGGUAACUUAAAAGUUAUUAAUUGUUUUUGCUCAAACAGUUGUCUUGGACAUAUUUCCAAAUUCAAGUUUUAUUCCUUGCUAUAGAAUCCAUGCAGAAAUAGAUUGAUCUCCAUAUAUAUAUAUACUUACCUCAGGCACGACAUGGGAAUAUAUUAUUGAACCUUAUUUUAACUGCCAAUUGUUUGAUUUUAACUGGUACUUAUAUAUAUAUAUACCAGGUACAUUCUGUAAACAUUUCUAUUUAAUCAGUAGAAAGCGUCAGUAAUAUAUAUAUAUAUAUAUAUGGAUAUGAAAAUUGCUGAGGAGGUAAGGUACAGCUUAAGCUUAAAGAUAAUCUGCAUUGAUGAAAAUGUUUUUAAUUAUGUUGAUGUGUAGAGACAAAAUGGUUUGUAAAUUAAGUGAUUAUGUUUUGUAUAUAUGCGGGUUUACAUGUAGAGAAAAUAUAUUCAUGUUUCUAUUUCAUGGCUUCACCAGAUGCCAGUAUAAAGUCGUGAACGUUUUGUGCUCUUUCUAGUCUGUGGUGUUCAAAAAGAACAUCAGUGUAUGCAUUACUAAUGGACAUGCAUUUUACCAUAUUUUAAAAAAAAUCAUGCUUGAAAAAAAGAAAUCACAAUUUCACUGCUAAGUGGUGUGAAAAUUGAUGAUCACGGAGGUCACUUAUUAGCAGGCUUGUUUGCUGUCAUAAUAUUGUAAAACCAUAAAAAUUACCCGCUCAUUUAAAAUGAAAAUUGCAUUUCUUUCCCCUUGCUGCUUGUAGCUGACAUGCUUGCAGCAUGCACGUCGCAACCUGCGUUAACUUAAUGUCAAAUUUUAUCAUUUAAUUACUGCACACUUUUUUUGUCGUAACUUAAAACAUUAGUGUUAAGAGACCAAAAACUGUUGGAAGGGCGAUUAGACCAAUAGAAUUGUGGUGGAGCGGUGAGACGGAUUGACUCGAGGGUCCAUUAAAGUGACAAGGGAGACCGAUAACAACAGUGUUAUUGGCAGCCAACAAUUUUAACGUUAGGAAGGCUGGCAAAUUAGCAAAAAUCUAAAAGUAAAUUCAAUCAUUUCAUUUCAAUAUUUAAAGAAAUAAAAAAAAUCAUUAUAGUUAUUUAUUGUAUUGUAUAAUGUUUUAAUUCUUUUUAAACAGAUAACACUAGUUUACUUUUUAGUAGUCAAUGUCUGCUCCAAAAACAGAAGAAAACAGUUUUAAACAUGCAAGUUAUACCAAUUUCCAAAUUUUAAAAAGAGGGAGAGACUUGUUUUAAUUCACUUGGGGAUGGGAAGAGAGCACAGUGACUUGACAUAUUUUGUUUAAAAAAUAGCUUCUUUUCUUAGAACUACUGAAGAUUCAGUGCUUAUAUUUUACUUGUCACAAUAUUAUGUCACAACUUCCUAUUAAUGUUUUACCGGUAAUGUUGGCAGUUUUGAUAAAGGUGAUAUGUACGUUACAGCUGUGAUCCUAUGUCAUCAUUUAUUACAUGUGUAUUUGUGUGGAUUGUAGAGCAAACCGUUGUUUAUCCUAUUUUAUUUGUAUGUACAAAAAAUAUGUAUUUUUUCUGAUUUUUUUAACCCAUUCAGAGUAGUAUAGCAAUGUAGACUUGUUAGAUCAUGUUUAAUUUUAUAGUGUUAAUUAGAAUUUGUUCCUAUACUAGAUGUCUAGUUAAUACUAUCCAAGUUUUUUGUUUGUAUUAAGAUGUUCAAGUUUCAGACAUAACCACAGGUUUUACUUUGAAAACUUCAUAUUUUUCAUUGAUAUCAUGGUCAUAUUUUCUGAAUGUUUCACCCUGAUGAUGAUUGUUUAAAAGCUAAUUAUAUUGCAUGCAUGCUUCUAAUUUGAAAUGAAAAAUUAAAUGUAUGAAAGUAAUUAUUAUUAGAAUUAAUUAACAAAUCCUACAUACUUAAAUUGAUAUGGUAAAGAAAAUACAAACAACUAAGAAUUGAAAAUAUCUCUUGGCUGGAUUGUUGCUAAAGGCAGCGUUUGGGUACGUUAGCACUGCUCUAGACAUUUCCCAAGAUAUAUUAAAAUUUGGCGUUGUCCCCAGCAGUCUAAAGGUAGACAGCAUCCUGCUACCCCCUAGACAUGUAAUAGACUUGCCAAUUUCACAAGAAUUAUUAGUCUAUCAUGGAAGCAGAGGGGAGACGUUUGAAUUGAAAAAAAAAUCUAUAAUGCUUACUCACAGUAUACAUGUAAAUUUACCAGCCAAAAACAUGCAUAAGGAUAUGGCUGCAGGAGAUCUAGUCUCUGAUUGGAUAAUGAUAAGGAAACCACUUGCCCUUAUUUGGUAUUGAGAUAACAGUUAAAAUGGAGAGGACAGACUGAAAUUUUACUCUGUCUGUUCAAAAUCUGUUCAAUUGUCUGUUCAAAAGCAGUAAAAUGGAAUAGAUAAAGUGUGAAAUUGCUCUUGUCUGUUCAAAAACAAGACUAAUACAUUAGACCUUCGUUGCUGUGCCUGUCUCUUAUGCAUGCUUACUCUGUUGUGUUUUCUCUGUCACACACACAUAGAUACUGUAUACUGGGUAGCAAAUACUGUUCCCGAGUUUCAAGUUUACAGUUAAUUCUAUGUCAUAGACUUGUAUAGAUUGAAGUAGCUUACCCAAUUUAUUUGUAAGAUUGUAUAUGUUUGUGUUUGAAAUGGAUGUUUAGGAGCGAUGGUUAUUAUAUUGAAAUGCAGAGUAUACCUGACUAUGAUAGGCAUGGCUGUUAGAAAGAAUAUAGCUUAUGUAAAUAUAAAGAUCAUACCUUAAGAUGAAUUCUUACCCCAUUUUCAUUACCAAGCAAUUAACUCAGAAACAUUUCAGAUAUAAAAAUAGAGUUUUCCGAUUAUUUUGAAUUCAAUAUUUUAGCUAUUACUGUUAUUGAGAAAAGGGGAAAAUUCCACAAUGUUGUGGUUUGUAUGUCUGUAUUCUGUUGAUCCAGAGUCAUUAAAUUAAAUAAAUGUAUUUGUGUGUGUUGGCAUAAAAGAAUUUAAAUUUUUACCAACCUGUUUCAGGACAUCUGUUUGAGAAGAGGAUAGUGUAACUUGGGUGAAUUUAUUACUUCUGACUUAUGUAGGCAAAAGGAAAUUUUCAUAACUUGACAAGUAUAUGAUUUCCGUCAUUAUGUUAGAAGCCUCUUGUUUUUGUCAUUAAAACGGGUAAAAACUCUUAUAAAUGUUAAAACUUAUUAGUCAGUUCAUUGAUGUUAUCCCUGUCAAUUUUAAGAAUGUAUAAAUCUAGCUGCUUCAAGCACCUGUUAUAAUGAACCGUUCAGUGACUAUGGACUGAAACCCUAUUACCUCCUAGCAUAGAUGUGUGUUUGGUUAGAUAUUGGAACUGGUGUGUGUAUUAUAUAAGCAUUGUUAAAUGUUACCUAGAUUCUUGUUAAAAAACAACUUCAUAUUGCGCAUUUCAACAAACUAUAUCUCAGGCAGCGGCGUGUGUAGUUGAAGGUAUCGCCAAAAAAUGAUGUUUGUAUAUUUCAGUUGAUGUCCAUUGCUUGUGAAAUGCUUCAAAGGGUUGCAUUUUGCAGUCAUAUGCCAUAGUGUUUGCAUUGAUUUUUUAUAUACAUAUUUUUUCUUUUUAUUCUAUAGUGUACUGUUUCUUGUUUGGUCAAAGACCGCUUUGCAUGCAUGUUUUGUGCAGAAGUGUGUAUGACCCCGCUCAGAGCGGUGUGUACUGCCAUUUGAAAAUUAUUUUGGAGAAAGAAACAGCUCUUUUUUUUGCGAUUAAACCACCAAUGUUCUUCUUUUUGCUUGAAAAGCAUUUAUCGUACAUGUAUUUGUACUAAAAGCUUAGCUAAAAUAAUAAACCCAGUGAGAACUUGCUUGUUGUUAAAAAAGUUCAUGUGUAAUUUGUUUGUCAGUAGCUUACAAAUAGUGUUACUAGUAUUUGUUUCAUCAUUUUUCCAUCUCUUACAUGUAUAUUUAAACAUUCAGAUUAUUUGUCAAAACGGAACCAAAAUCUUAAGAUUGGAAGGACAAAAAUUCCUGUUACACUGAUAUCAAGGAGAAGUACACGCCAUCCUUCGUGUUUUAUGUGUGGGGUGUAUGCAAUGGGCAUAAGACUAUAAAAACAAAUUUUGAAUUGCUCAUAUAUUUACUAUCUGAAAAUUUAAAAUGACCUUGCAUAAGUAUAGUAGCUGAAACUUUUGUUAAAUUAUUUUGAUUAAAAUCGUUUUAUAUCAAAGUAUCUACAGUAGGUACAGCAGGUUAAAAAAAAAGUGGAAAAAAUCACUUUAAAAAAUUGAUAUGUGCUUUUUGUAUAAUUGAUGUGCUAUCAUAAAAAUACACUUUAGGGAGUGCUCAUUGGAAAUUUGCAAAGCAAAGACAUGUACAUGCCAUAAUCACCAAGGAUUAUAAUACGUUUUGUAAGAAAAAUAAACAAUCUUUUGAAGAAAACAAUCCAGUUAAGUUCAACUGUAUAUAGAUAUUGAGGAACACAAACAAAAGGUCAUAUUUCUGAACAAUUGUUUUACUUUGUCAACAAUUUAUUUUGUUGAAAGGAAAUGAAAACAUGUAAUAUUUUCAAGUUAGAAAGUUGUUCCUGUUUUCUGGUUUGAUGGGCUAAUACCCAUAGUAUGGUGCUGGUUUUGAUGUUGUUGUGAUGCCCCCUUCUCUACAAGAGACUAGCAUAGGUGAAAUCACUUGUAAGGUUGCAAACCAUAAACCAAGCAAUGCUAUUGUGUUUAGGAUACAGGACAUUAUCAAUGUUCUAUCAUGUGUUCUCCAGAUCCUACUAUUUUGUCCUUAUUAAUAACCUAAACUGACUGUUUAAAACACUGUUUUGUCUGUCUUUAUCUGUCACUGUGCAAUUGUCACAUAAAAAUGUUUGAAUAAUAAAUCCUCUUUCCUGAAA